CCACAAGCUUGCCUCAUUUAUAACGUUUUCUCUUAAUUUUUAGAGUUUCUGAAAAACUGGUUUUACAGAAAAUUGAGUCUUCAAGAGCCAUCAGCAAAAAUUCGGAAAUCUGCAGUUAUAACUUUAUUCUGCGCUGCAAGGCGGUUCGAAUACUGUGUUAAACAAGGCUUCAUCUCUUAAGGCAAGAGACUUGAUGCUUUUUCGAGCGAAUGGUCUCGUUUUUGGGUUCUCUUAGAAAUGAAUUUUUUGCAAAGGCUAUGAGCGAUGUGGAGAAGUUCAAAGUCACUUUUUCAUAUGCAGUUUGUCACGCUGAUUCAGAAAAGCUCUGUUUCAAAACUCCAAAAUUUAACUAGAAAAAACAACAAGCAAAACAUCUGAAGUAUAGGUUUUUCCGAUUUUCGGAUACUUCUCAGUAUUUGGCAAUUUUCAUCGAGAAGGAAAGGUCGUAAAGCAAAAUAGAUGUGAUAUUCGGAUUAAGCUCGAUUUCCUCUAUCAGAAUAUGUCUGUUAAAGUCAAAAAGAAAAUAGUGCUUAAACUUUGAAUUACGGGCGCCUUAACAAUACAUUGUUUGUCGCAAUGAAUAUUCAUUUGCUCAUUCACUGCUCUUCAUCCAAAUAAUCAAUCAGUCAAAAGAAAAUCCCUGUACAAGAGAGUUGCUAACUGGAAUAUAUUUUUAUGUAGUCAACGGAUAGUAAAUCCUCGGCAGCAAAAAUUAUCCUUUUCCGUGAAAAAAACUAAUUAAAAUAGAAAAGUAACUCGUGUACUCGUAAAAAAUGUUAUCUCUUUUAUGUGCGACUGUAAGGCAAACGUAAGCGAUUCAAAAUAUCUAAUUUUUAGUGACUAAUGUGUAAAUAUUUUGACUUUUUUGGGCAUCGAUAGGAGUGAUUAAAAUUGAAAAGAUACCGAGAUUGACUCGCAAUAGCAACUAUCUGAUUAUUUAUCAAAUCUUGUUUCCUUUUUCUUUGUUAGAACUAAUAUAUUUUAAAAUGAAUAUUAUAUUUCAUUCUGACCCUUUUUCAGAGCCUGUCCUUUGCUCUAAGUAAAUUUUUUUUUGUCUAUUAACAGAAUUUCAAUAAAGCCGGUUUUUGUGUAGUGGCCAUUCUCAUUUGAGGCUCAAAACUUACAAGUACUAAAUGAAAAUCAUAGGCUUACGCAGAUUACGUAUGCACAUGGGUAUUGUGCAUAAAGGUAUUGUUUGAAAUAAUUGAAAUACUUUUGAAAUAAUAAAAGAACUUGUCAUUGAAGGGUCAUUCUAAUCCUUGUUUCAGCGAAAGCGAGUUUCUAUGUUUUUCAACUUUAGGUAUAACAAUUUCUAGCACAAGUGCUUUAUUGGAGUAUUCCUGACCUUCAAAGUAUGUUAAUAAGUAAUCAGAUAUGGCAAAUUCAGUGGAUCUCUAAUCUUGAUUUCUAGAGAUUCUCCAGAGAUCUGCAAAGGAUCUUCAGAACUGUUUUUUGUUGAAAUAUUGAAUUUAUGGGCUGACAAGCCUUAUUGAUAGGUAAUUGACUUCAAGACUGCUUUUGAACUUUAAAGAGGUUUCUUCAGAGAUCUCUACAGGAAUCUCUAAAAAAUCACCAGAAAACCUUUUUGGAAGCAUAACUUUUACAGGUUAAAGAAAUGAACAAUAUUAAAUGAUAGUCGAUAUGUACAUUUUAUUGUAGAUGAAUGAUGAUUCUAGCCUUUCCGAUACUGACACACGUUCAGUAUUAAAAGUACAAUAAACUUCUACAUUCAUGAUCGUUACAACAUACAAAACCAGGCUCAUUUAUUCUUCUUUUCCAAUAAACGGGUCUUCGCGGUAAUGUCGUGUCGCGUUGGAAAAAAGAGAAAAAGAGGUAUUUCUGAUUCUGACAGCCUCAAUCUCUAUCAGAAUCUGGUUUAGAAACAACUAUACAGCGUGCAGAACCACGACAUUUAUCAAAAUCAGCGCAAAAAACUAUCAAGCUGAAUAAAUAGGUGGAUUUGUAGUAAAAAGUUUCGAAAAAAUGCUUUUCUGUCUACAGACACAAAUACUAUAGUUUUUCUUAUAUAAUUAUAUACGUUAGAGCUCUAUCAACACGAGUUAGUAAUAAAACAGCACAAAUAUUUGAAAUAAUUCAUUUAGAAGAAAUAUUAAUAAUGUCGAUAUUUGUAACAGAAGAAGAUUGAAAUUUGUAUGUGAUUUUGAAAUUGCUUAUGGUUUAUCCAACAGAACGGGUUAUUAUGCACAAAAUGUGACCAAAUAACAACAUUAACUAAUUUUCCUACAACAGAACCAUUUGAAUAUAGUUUUCAAGAACUCAAAAAACGAAUAUACAUAGCUUUUGCUAUAUCUGGUGUUGGUUUAAUUCAAUCAAUUAUCCAAUGUCCAAGUUAUGUUUAUCUGUUAUACACCGUUCUCGUUUUAUAGUACGAGUACAUAAUGCACAUAAUUCCUUACAUAAUUAUACUCCGAAGUAUAUGAAAAGUAUAAUAGAUGAUAUAAAAAAUCAAGAAAAUAUUUAUGAUGAAGAUUCUAUUGUAAAUAUCACGGUUUCAUUGGAUGGCAUGUGAAAAAAAACGAGGACAUAUUUCAUCGUAUGCUAUUGUUUUUAUUGUUCAUUACGUGAAGAUCUUACGAAAGAAAAUCUAAAUUUAUUACGACGUUGUAUUGAGCUUCGUCCAUCUGUUAGCUUCUUUACAAAAGAUGGUAGUAUGUACUACUAUCAAAAUAAUCAACAGAUUUUUAUCCGGUCAGAAAGUGCCAUUGAAACAGUUCCACGAAGCAAGAUCAAAGCAUUUAUCUAAUUUAAUGGCAUCAUAGAAAAACAUAGCAAGAGCGCGAAGUUUCAAGCCCUUGGUUCCUUCACACGUACUUAGUAACUGCUACUGAAGAGGUUCUGUUGCCAGCCAGAAUCAAUUUUGUUGCUGAGAAAGUCGAACUUGAUAAGAAUACUAAUAAGUACACUAUAUAUCUUACUAUUUAAGUUCGAAUUGGCUAACACUAGACUUUAUGCUUUGGUGUUCUUGGUGUUUUGCUCACAUAUGCAUGGGAGUAACAUUGGGUGUCUGCGAGAAUGAAGCAAGUGAUCAGCGGAAGAUCCUGAUCUUUUAAAAAUUAGUGAUUUUAAGACGUUCUGUAGUGCAUUCGGUCUUUCGCUAGAGAAGAGAGGUAUGGGCGAUCUUAGCAGAGCUUGUUCUGUGAUAUUUUCAACAUUAGCAUUGCACUUACACAGCAGGAAAUCUGCAAAAGUUUCGGACGCGUUUAAACGCGUCAAUUGAAAAAUUUAUCUUUAUCACGCGUUUUCCCGUUAGACAACGUCGAGGCGUUUAAGGCGUUGAAAACGUUAGCAGUUCCACCGCAUUUAAAAUGCAUUUAUUUUUACCAGUUUCAAUUGAAAAUCGUGAUUUUUGACGCGUUGAAACCGUUUUCCACGUUUCUCCAACGCGUCGUAAGCAAUUUUAAAUGUUCUUUUCGAAAAAUAAACGCGCUUAAAUGCGGUGGAACUGCUAACGUUUUCAACGCGUUAAAAAAGUUCGACGUUGUCUGGGCGAAAAACGCGUGGUAAUGAUACAUAUUUCAAUUGACGUUUAAGCGCGUCGAAAACUUUUGCAAAUUUCCUGCUGUGUAACUAACAGCGAUUUUAAUGAAUAUCUAGAGAAAAAUGCGCUGUAUAUAUAUAAAAUAUAUCGCUGAAUUACGAUCAUGUGUUGUUCCUGGGAAUUGGAAACGAACACUUACAACAUUGACAAAAGGUAUUUUUUGCAAAAUGGAUUUCAAUGAAAUGAAUUUUACAAAAAUACAACAAUUAGAUAAGUCCACAGAUCGAAAAGAAGAUGGGCCACUUUUUAUGGGAUUUCGGGCACUAAGCGCUGAAAAUUAAUUUUGAGAAGAGCUACUCAAGUGAUCAUAAGUAAAUCGACGAGACAUUCAGUAAAUAUCAACUCUCAAAACCGAACUGUCUAAAAGUGAAUUUUUUCUAUUUGGUUUAUAUCGACUAAAACUUAUUUUAAAUGUUCAUGCAAUCAAGGAAAACUGUGCAGUGUUAAUGUGUGACUUUGCGAAAUUUUAUCUGAUUCCCAGAAUUUAAUUCAAUACUAGUACAUUCUAAACUCUCACAAUUACAUUUUUUACUUCAGUAAGCUUUUAUGUAGAAUUUAAGGAGAGAUUAAAAAAACUUAUGCAAGGAAUAUCCCAUGAGAAAAAAGACGGGCAAUAACCUGCUCAUUAACUGUCAGUUUACAGCCUGCCCAAAAACUGCCAGUUGACAACCUGUUAACUGUCUUGUUUAUUGGCCGUUUUUACACAGUAGUUUCUUAAGACCUAAAAACGACCAAUAAAUCAGACAGUUUUUAGAUGUUUUUUAGACAAUUAACAGGUUGCAAACUGACGGUUUAUAGACCAUUUCUUUUCUGUGGUAGUGAGUGGCCAUAGGCUCGCUAUAUUUUUGUUUUUGAAAGAAAAAGCCAGUUAAAUGGUUGUAAAUAAGCUGUAAAUGGGUGAUUCGUGGCUGAUAGACGACUAGCUGUUUUGACAGUAGCUAGUGCACUAUGCCUUUUUGAUGUAUUAGUGAUGUCUGUCAAACGCAUUUAAGCUCUUUUUAACAGAAAAAGCAGCGACUUAGAGGUGUUCUUUUGAAGACAUCAACGUGGCUAACAGUAAAAAGAUGAGAGAACGCACUGUGGAUGCAUUUUGAAGACAACCGAGUGUUUUAUAAGAGAUUUUUUUGACAGUGAAUUAUUUCUAAUAAGCACUUUUUAAGCCAUUUUGCGUUAAACAAUCAACAUAAAAGCAUUAUCGCUACAUUCCAUCUAAAUCGAUCUUCGAUAUAAAUGAGCUAAGAAAACUUAAUGAAACAAGAUAAAAAAUUCUCAUAUCUGUGCUUUUUAAUAAAAAUGAUUAUGCGUGAUGUUUACUCAUCAAUCUUUUCUCGAAAAGACACUUCAAAUAAUAAAUAAUAAAAAGAGGAAAAUUUUGAGCUUUUUCAAUCAGUUUUCAAAUAUACAAAAGAAUAAGAUGGUUGGUAUAUCAAAUUGUGAAAAUGAUAAAGAGUAAAUAAUAGUAUUUUUACAUAGAAGUUUGUCACAUUUCGAAUGUUUUAGUGAACAAAAUUGUUAUGAAUUAGAAUUUAAUGAAUGUAACGUUGACACAAAAUUUCGUUGUACAAAUGGAAUGUGUAUUGAUAAAACAUUUUCAUUUGAUCGUUCAUUUGACUGUAUGGAUAGAAGUGAUGAAAAAGAAGGCUUUUACACAGAUGCAAUGGAAGAUACACAAUGUUUUAAUCAACCAUCAAUUUUAUGCGAAGAAUUUUGUCGGACGAAAGUGUCGGACGCUCAAAUGUCGGGGUCGCUCAAAUGUCGGGCGCUCAAAUGUCGGGUGCUCAAAUGUCGGCGCUCAAACGUCGGUUGA